AUGGCCAGCUUUUCCGACAUUGACAAGCUUGCUAUCUCGACCAUCAGACUUUUAGCCGUCGACCAAGUCGCAGCUGCUAACUCUGGUCAUCCAGGUGCGCCGCUGGGGCUAGCCCCAGCGGCUCACGUGCUCUGGAGACAGAUGAGACUCAACCCUGAAAACCCAGAGUGGAUUGGCAGAGACAGGUUUGUGCUUUCGAACGGCCACGCGUGUGCGUUGCUGUACUCGCUGCUGCACCUCACUGGAUACGACUUCUCGAUCGAUGACCUCAAGCAGUUCAGACAGCUCCACUCCAAGACUCCCGGCCACCCAGAGUUCUUCUUGCCCGGUGUCGAGGUGACGACGGGUCCUUUGGGGCAGGGUAUCUCCAACGCGGUCGGUAUCGCCGUGGCACAAGCCAACUUCGCGGCCACUUACAAUAAGCCUGGCCACACCCUUUCCGACUCAUUCACGUACGUGUUCCUCGGCGACGGAUGUCUGCAGGAGGGUGUCUCUUCCGAGACCUCGUCGUUGGCAGGCCACCUCAAAUUGGGUAACUUGAUCGCGUUCUGGGACGAUAACCAGAUCACUAUCGACGGUAACACCAACGUCUCGUUCACCGAGGACGUUGCCAAGCGUUACGAGGCGUACGGCUGGGAGGUCUUGUACGUCGAGAACGGUAACGAGGACCUCGCCGGCAUCCAGAGCGCUCUAGAGGAGGCCAAGAAGUCCAAGGACAAGCCUACUUUGAUCAAGAUGACCACCACCAUCGGUUUCGGUUCUCUGCAGGCGGGCACCCAUGCCGUGCACGGUGCUGCUUUGAAGCCUGACGACGUCAGGCAGCUCAAGUCUAAGUUCGGCUUCGACCCAGCCAAGUCGUUUGUCGUUCCUCAAGAAGUGUACGACUUCUACAACCAGCACGUGAUCCAGCCUGGUGCCAAGGCCAACAAAGAAUGGGACCAGGUGUUCGCUUCGUACAAGGAAAAAUACCCAGAACUGGGCAAGGAGCUAGAGAGAAGAUUCGCCAACCAGCUGCCAGAAAACUGGACCGAGAAAUUGCCCGUCUACUCUCCAAAGGACUCUGCUGUCGCCACCAGAAAGCUUUCCGAGAUCGUCCUGGAGAGCCUACACAGCUCAUUCCCAGAGAUACUUGCCGGUUCCGCUGACUUGACCUCUUCUAACUUGACCAGAUGGAAGGAGGCUGUCGACUUCCAACCUCCUUCUUCUGGCUUGGGUGACUACACUGGCCGCUACAUUAGGUACGGUGUGAGGGAGCACGGUAUGGGUGCCAUGAUGAACGGUAUCGCUGCUUUCGGUGCUCACUACAAGGCCGUCGGUGGUACGUUUUUGAACUUUGUAUCCUAUGCUUCUGGUGCCGUCAGGCUAGCCGCUUUGUCCGGCCACCCCGUCAUCUGGAUCGCCACUCACGACUCCAUCGGUCUAGGAGAAGACGGUCCAACCCAUCAACCUAUCGAGACUUUGGCCCACUUGAGAGCUAUCCCAAACAUGCAAGUGUGGAGACCAGCUGACGGUAACGAAGUCUCUGCUGCUUACCACGUGGCGUUGAACAACAAGAACACCCCAGCUGUUCUUGCUUUAACCAGACAGAACUUGCCACAAUUGGAAGGUAGCUCUAUCGAGAAGGCCUCCAAGGGUGGUUACGUUUUGCAAGAAGCGAAAGACGCCAACAUCACUUUGGUAGCCACUGGAUCUGAAGUCAGCUUGAUCGUUGACGCGGCCAAACUUCUAGCCAGCAAGGGUGUUAAGGCUCGUAUUGUUUCUUUGCCCGACUUCCACACUUUUGACUUACAAUCUCAAGACUACCAACUUUCCGUCUUCCCAGAUGGUGUUCCAAUCAUGUCCGUUGAAGUGUUAUCGCCAUCUUGCUGGGCGAAGUACGCUCACGAAUCUUUUGGUCUAGACCACUUUGGUGCCUCUGGUAAGGCAGGUGACAUUUUCAAGGCUUUCCAGUUCACUCCAGAAGGUGUUGCCACUAGAGCUGAGAAGACUAUCAAGUUUUACGACGGUAAGCAAGUCAUUUCUCCUUUGCACAAGCCAUUCUAA